AUGAAGUUUAUACCUCUCGGCGCGUUUGACGACGUGUCGAACGCGUUGAACUUCACUUCUUCCGAAUGCCAGGUUAUCGGCUCUGUGGAUUUGUACACAACCAAGGCAGCCGGAUCUGAUAAGAAGCUAUAUCGAAAUAUUGAGAAUUCCUUGGAAUCACAAUAUGAGAGUCUUCUCCGAUUAUCGGCGUCCGUUUCACCUCCCCACGAUGAGGGACCAUCACCGCUGAACUUAACCCGAUCUAGUCCAUUUGGCCCAUUGAGUCAGGUUUCAAGCCGCCGAACGUUUGCAUACCUGAUUGCAACGCUUAAUGCAAGCCAUCCGGACUAUGACUUUUCUCAUAUCCUAAGACCGAGCGAUUUCCGCAAGGAACGAAGCCUCAAGGCCGUUAUUAACACCAUUGAUUCGACACUCUACAACCUGCGUCCAAGUACAGCAGGUAUGACCCUUCAAGUCCCAUCGCAGACAAGCUAUGCCACAGCAUCAUCUGCGUCUCCGAACUCGCAGGCAUGGGGCCCUCAAAUGUGGUCCUUGAUAGACAAGGAAAUGACUCUUAAGGAGUGCACGGUUUAUUGUUGGGCCCCUGUUGAUGAGCCUUUUGAGGAAGACGAGGGUGCCAUAUGGUCUCUGAACUACUUCUUUUUUAAUAAGGAGUUGAAGAGAGUGGCAUACUUCUACGUUCGAGGUGUUCCAGUUAUGACUCACAGUCCCAGGCAACGAAGUUCUAUGCCCAAAAGAAGCGCGAGUGGAUAUGAUACAGGAGCGAAUAAGCGCGCGAGAUAUUGGUUAGGUGAUCAAGCGGCGAAUGUGGCUAAUGAUCAAGAUGCAGAUUUGGACGAAGAAGAGGAUGUUACUAUGUGGAGUAACGACGAAGUCGACGCAGAUGAAGUGGAUGUCAUGUUCGAUGGCGACGAGUUUUGCGACGAUUACGAUGAUGAAGCCGACGACGAGGCGGAUGAGCAGGUUUACAAAGGUCCGGUUAGAGGUAUGAGUGAGGAAAUCUCUGCUUCGAUCGACAUGGACUACUGAUUUUCUUAUGUUUGUGUUACUACGGCUGGGUACUUGAAAGCCGCUGGCAACGGCUUCACAAGUACUCUGCUUCAUAAUACCAGUGUGCUUACUGUAUGAACUCUUGUCCGAAUGUAGGUAUAAGGGGAUACUCAAGGGCAGGCGUUCAAUCUUCGGUCGGUGAGAGCGAUUUGGAUUGGCGUACGGAGUCUGAGGUCCUGGAACUUGGCCGGUUGACAGUACGUUGGAAGUAUAAUACCAGGGUGUGCGCAGAUUCAACAAAUAUCAAUUUGAUUCAAUGAUU